UCACUGCGCGUCACGGACCAAGAGCCCCGCCCCGCGGCGCGAAUCCAUCAUCAGACGCGGCGUGAGCUCGGAGUGAUGAGGAGCAGAUGAAGAUGAUGAAGAUGAUGAAGAUGAUGAAGCUGAGCUCGGAGGAUGUGCAUCAGCUGGACUCAGAUCGGCUCGGCUUGGACUCGGAGAAGAGUAUGUCACCAUGAACCUGACGCUGAGCGCCGAGCCCGGAUCAUUCCUGACCAACAGCUCUCCAGGGAUGCGGGCCAAUCCCGUCACAGCGUUCGUACCAUGUGACGUUAAGACCGUCAACGAUUCGCUCCUCAUGAGGGGCUCCAAUCUGACCGUCAAUGCCACUCUGGAGUCACCAGAAUCGCUCGGUGGACACAACAUCUGGCAGAUCGUGAUGAUCGUGUUCCUGUGCGGCUCGCUGUCCUUAGUCACCAUCACCGGCAACAUCCUGGUCCUGGUGUCCUUUAAAGUCAACAAGCAGCUGAAGACGGUGAAUAACUAUUAUUUGCUCAGCCUGGCGUUCGCAGACCUCAUCAUCGGCGUGCUUUCGAUGAACCUCUACACUACGUAUAUAAUCAUGGACCACUGGGCGCUGGGGAACUGGGCGUGCGAUCUGUGGCUAGCGGUCGAUUACGUCGCUAGCAAUGCUUCAGUGAUGAACCUGCUGGUCAUCAGCUUCGACAGGUUCUUCUCCGUCACUCGUCCGCUGACAUACAGAGCCAAACGCACCACGAAGAGAGCCAUGACCAUGAUCGGACUCGCCUGGUCCAUUUCCUUCAUCCUCUGGGCACCAGCUAUCCUCUUCUGGCAGUAUUUCGUCGGGGAGCGGACGGUUCCUCCGGGAGAAUGCUACAUCCAGUUCCUCUCGGAGCCGAUCACCACUUUCUGCACAGCCAUCGCUGCUUUCUAUCUGCCUGUCACCAUCAUGACCGUCCUCUACUGGCGGAUCUACAAGGAGACGGAGAACCGCUCCAAAGAGCUGGCUGGACUCAAGGGUUCGGGGAACCAAGGGAGUCCGGAGGAAUCCCUGCAAAAAUGUGUGGGGAAUCGGAGAAGCUCACGCGGUCACAGCAGUAGUGAGCUCCACCAGAGAAACUCAGGGAGAUGUUUGUGGUUCUGGCCGUUGAGUCGGAAAGCUCGGAAGAGUCCCGGCAGCGAGACGGACCGCAUUAGCAGCGAUAGCUGGAAUAAUAACGAAACGGCCGUGUCCGUCGACCAGUCGGAUGAUGAGGAGGAGGAAGAUGGAGAAGCCGUGUACUCCAUCUCCGAGAACCUCCACCAAGACGCAAGACCUUCCAGAAAGGGAUUGGACCCCACAGCAUCCAAAGAUCAACCCAACACCAGCGACGGCAAACGCUUCGCCUGCAAGGCCAAGACGCAGGUCAACAAGCGCAAGAAGAUCUCUCUGGUGAAAGAGAAGAAAGCGGCGCAGACGCUGAGCGCCAUCCUCCUGGCCUUCAUCAUCACGUGGACGCCGUACAACAUCAUGGUCCUGGUGAACACCUUCUGUGACGAGUGCAUCCCCGAGACGCUGUGGGCUCUGGGAUACUGGCUGUGUUACGUCAACAGCACGGUUAACCCCAUGUGUUACGCGCUCUGCAACAAGACCUUCCGCUCCACCUUCAGAUCCAUCCUGCUGUGUCAGUGGAGUCAGAACAACCCCAACCAGCCUCGGCUCCAGCAGAGACACGGUCCCACCCAGAACUAGAGGAACCGUGUCCUGUUCAGAUUAGCCCGGGGCAACGAUUAAUCACGAUUCAUUUGUACAUGAUAUGUGUGUAUAUUUAUACACAUACACACAUGAAUGUAUUUAAGCAAAAGAUGUUUUUUACAUAUUAAAUAUAUUUAUAUAUAUAUAGUAUAAAUAAUAUGAAUAUGUGCAUGUAAAUAUUUUCAAACUGUUUGUGUGUGUCUUUAUAUAUACAUAUUGUGCAUGCACCGUACACACACAUCUGUGUCUCUGGAGCAACUUUAUUUUUGAUUAGUAAUAUGCAUUGCUAAGAACUUAAUUUGAACAACUUUAAAGAUGAUUUUCUGAUAAUGAUUAAUGAUUGCCCAGCAGUAGUUUAUCGUGCCUCUGUGGAUUGUGUGAAGCGUCUGCUGCACCCUGUACAGAUAUAAUUAUGCAAAACAGAUGUUUUCCUUCCUGUGUUGAUGUAUUUCUUCUGAAACAGAGAGUGGUGCGGGACGUGCAGUGUGUAAGGGCUCAUGUUUUUUUUAACCCUCUGGUGUUGGUCAUUUAGACACUAAUUUUUUUUCUAAUAGAUGUAAAAAAAUCACUACUUCAUUGGAAACUGUGGCUUCUGUGGCAGUUGCUAUGUUACCCCCCCACCUCCCAAAAAAAAAGCCAUGGACUUGAUUUGAAAAAAUUAAAUGGUCGUAAAAACAAUACAAAGAUGUUUUUGUACAAUCUAUAAAUCAGCCACAAAGCAGAAAAUAAGUGCAGAGCAGUAAAGGGGUGACAGACAGAACCUAAUGAUGCCUGAAAACACUGCUCAGUGACUAAGGAUUGCACAGCUCUGAUUAUAAAAGGUUAUACUGGCAUCUAAUGACCUCAAUUCAAUGGACUUUAAAUACUUUUGCUCUGUUUUUUACUUAAAUACUGCAUUAACUGAAAGAAUAUAUCAUUAUUUUAUUUUUUUAAUCAUAUUUACAGUAAAUAGUCCAUAAUUUAGAUAUGUAUAUUAAUUAGUAACAUGAAACACACUCAAAAUACAAAAUAUUAGAGAACAAUAUUCAGUAUAUUCAUUUUGAAAAAACAGUUUUCUACACAGUUUUGGCCUCCGAAGGAACAACAACAGAGGGUUAAAUCAAUCACUUUGUCCAACCCUACAUUAUUUCUCUCAGGUUGGUUAUAAUGUACAUACAAUACAUUUUAUUUGGACUUUAAUUCAAUGCUAAAGGAAGAUUUCACCCAACAAUGUUCAUUCUGUCCUCAUUAACAUACAUUUACCCUCAAAGCUUUCUGUCUUCUGCUGAACACGAAAGAAGAUAUUCUGAAGAAAGUUAAGAACCAAAACAUACAGCAGCUGCUCGCCAUUGACCUCGGCAGUAUGAAGAAAAUACUACAGCGAAAAUACUAACCCUAUUCACGUUCUCUGAUCUGAUUUCUGUGUUUCACUGGGUUGUGUGUGGAUGUUUUGUGAUGCUCAAACUUCUCUGUGAUUUUGUACUUUCAGCUUUUAACUGUUUUAUUGCAGAAAUGAACUUCUACUGCGUUGGAUGUCGCACUCAUGAAUGUUUUAAAAAUGUAUUUCCACUUUAAGUCAAGUGCACACUACAAAACCUAAGCACUUCAUGUUUUUAGGGUAACACUUUAUUCCAAGUCCACUUUUGACCUUCUAGUAAAAACAAGUAUCUUUGCAACUACAUAUGCUGACAUUAAAGAACAGAAUAUAUUUUUUUUACGCCAACAGUAAUCUAAAAGUAAUAAAUGUGUAAUCAAAUAUGAA